UCAGAGAUGGCGAUGAGUUUGACCUUAAAUUGGGCUCAAGCACCAGAGCGGUCACGUCCCUCAAAGAGAAGUUGGAGGAACUGCUGAAGAAGAACACUCAGUUUGAGAGUCUGGUGAGCAAGCAGCAGGAGGAGAUCAACAAAUGGAAGCGGCGAGCGUACAAGAUGAAGGAGUGUAAGCGAGAUGCUCCGUGCACCCCGACCAAACGCCAUCCUCCUCUGACGGAGACUGAAGUCAACUCGCCGAAGAGGACGUUCCUGGACUCUCCGAAGAGCAAGUUCUUUGACGUGCGCUCCAACGUUCCCAUCACCCUCAACCAUCCCACACAGUUCUUCGAUAACUCCAGUCUUGGGACGGUGCCAGAGGUUUCCUGUAUGCUGGCCGAGCCCAUCAUGGAUUCUUCAGACAGUGAUGAAGAGGAUUCCAGUUCCAGCACAGCCGUUGCAUCAAAUGCAGCACCAGUAGACGACUGGUGGCAGAUUCCUAAUGCUUUGCCAGAAAAGCCUGAUGCUAGCACGAAUGCUAACGCUUGCCCAACACAGUGAUCUUGGAUCUGUUUUGCCGUCUCUUUCUCUGUCUGUUGGAAAGUUAAUUUGAGAUACAAGUCCUUGGAGUCCAAUCAUUCACCAACUGAUGAAGAACGUUAAACGUGUCCUGAGAUAAUGACAUCUUCUAAACUCAUCCACCAUCUGUCCUGCUGUGGAAAAUCAGAAAUCAGGAAGCUCUUUAUGAUGCAUCAAACUGAUGUUCAUCUUCACAGCCGGAGAUGCACCGCAGUGUACAUCCAGUGAGCACUAACAACUAUACUCAACUCUGCAGUCGUUGUUUGUCUUUUUUGUGUGUUAGCUUUUUUUCUCUUGUUUUAAUGUUUUAUGUAAAUAAAG